AUGGUGUCGCUCGCCGCCCCAGCCUUCUACUCGCGGGUCGCGCAAGUACCCAGCGCCGGCACUGCCAGGGCGCCUUCUCAGUGCGCGUGCAGCCGUGGAGCGGAGGCGCGGCCUCGGGCGGCGGAGGCGGAGGAGGCGCCGCGGUUCAGGUGGGAUGAACUCGGGACCGACCUGCCGGAGCCCCACGAGCAGGCGCUGCGCGGCCUGUCACCGAAGCUGCCCAACCGCUGCAGGGCGCUGAUGCCGCGCAUCGUGUCCCUGUCUCCCCGCGGUGAGAAUCUCGGCGUGGUCCUCGCGUUCUGGGUGAGGGCCAUGAAGCCCAAGAGGGCCGACUGGCUGCUGGUCCUCAAGGAGCUCAAGGCCAUGGAGAGCCCGCUUCUCGCCGAGGUACUAGAGUAUGCACUGAUGGAGGAUUCUUUCGAAGCGAAUGUGCGCGACUACACCAAGUUGAUACAAAUCUACGGCAAGCAAAAUCUGCUGACGGAAGCCGAGGAAGCAUUCCAUGCCAUGAAAGCCAGAGGUCUCCCCUGUGAUCAGAUCAUGCUGACGGCGCUGGUGGACAUGUACAGCAAGGCAGGGGAUCUCGCCCUCGCGAAGGAAAUGUUCGAGGAGAUCGUGCUGCUUGGCCUACCGCUCGAUAAACGCGCAUAUGGUUCGAUGAUCAUGGCUUACAUCCGAGCUGACAUGCUAGACCAAGCAGAAGAUUUGAUCAAAGUAACAGAGGAUCAGCAGAUCUUCGCGGGGAAAGAGGUUUACAAGGCUUUGCUGAGAGCAUACUCAUACAAAGGCGAUUCUGAAGGGGCGCAGCGAGUUUUCGAUGCCGUGCAGUUUGCAGGGACGGUACCUGACACGAGGCUGUGUGCACUCCUGGUGAACGCUUACUGCCUCACUAAUAAGAUCAAUGAGGCUGUCUGUGUGACCCGGAACAUGAGAAGUGCCGGACUGGAACCAUGUGACAGGUGUGUCUCAUUGGUAUUGGGCGCAUACGAGAAGGUCAACAGGCUGGAAGAAGCACUGGAGUUUCUGGCAGAGCUUGAAGAAAAUGGCGCUGUAAUUGGUCAAGAGCCUUCGCAGUUGCUUGCAGGAUGGUUUGGGCGGCUUGGUGUUGUUCAUGAAGUGGAACAGGUCCUGAAGGAAGGGAUGAAGAGUAAUGAGAGCAAACAGGGUGUUUCAGUCAUGAAGGAAGUGAGGAAGAGUAGGAAAAACGAGCAGGGUGUUCCAGUCCAGAAGCAAUGGACAAAUGGCAGGAAGAGCAAACACGGUAUUUCAGUCCAGAAGGUAGGGAGAAAAGGCAGGAACACCAAACAUAUUAUUUCAGCACCUCUGCAACCCA